AUGUCGAGCCGCCGGAAGUCAACUACACCUUGUAUGGUGCUGCCGUCUGACGUGGUGGAGCAGGAGGAGGUGGAGGAGAAAAUAGAGAGGACAAAGGAGGAAGAGGCAGAGGGGGAGGAGGGGAAAGUGAAGGAGGGAGCAGAGGAAGGCCCGACUGCAGAAGAGCUGGAUCAGGCGGUGGUGGUUGUCCCCACCCCACCAGACACGGAUGAGCCCAGUGUGUCCACUGUAGAAGACAGUGAAGUCCUCGCUCCCUCACUGAAACGCAGCGCUACAAACCCUCCUGACGAUCCGAGUAGUGACCAGUUGACGCAGGACCAGCAGUGUGAUACGCCCGAGGAGGGAGGAGCAGACCCCUCAACUGUCGGCGCCAUCUCACUCAGCAAGACCCCCAUCAUGAGGAUGAAGACCAAAUCUGAGCCCAAGAGAAUCGCUGUGUCCCUGAAAUCAGCGGAUGAGGCGGCAGAAGGUUUUGGAGGAGGUGGCGAGGGAGAGGUGGGAGGAGAGCAGGAGCCCAUUGAAGCCCCUCUGGGGCCGAUGACGCCUGUGGAGAUGCUGCUUCACGACUCCAUGAAGCUCGGAGGAGGCGGCUUGCUGGUCGGCCAGCAGUUGGAGCAGCAGAGGAAGUCGUCCAUUUUAAACCCCACAGUUCUUCCUGCUGGCCUGGCACAGGUGCUCUCUGCAUUCCAGGCCCAGCAGACUGCUGCAGCAGCUCAGCCCCAGCUGCUCAUUCCUCUCAGCAGCAUCCCGUCUUACAGCGCAGCGAUGGACACCAACCCCCUGCUGGGCAGCAUGUACAAGAAGUUUCCCUACCCGUCAAUGGCCGAGAUCAGCAGCCUGGCAGCACAGACACAGUUUACAGAGGAGCAGAUCAAGGUAUGGUUCUCUGCCCAGCGGCUGAAGCAUGGCGUCAGCUGGACUCCAGAAGAGGUGGAGGAGGCCAGGAGAAAACAGUUCAAUGGCACAGUGCACACAGUGCCUCAAACCAUCACUGUCAUACCUGCUCACCAACUGUCAGCAGCUGCCAAUGGCCUGCAGUCCAUUCUUCAGACCUGCCAGAUAGUGGGCCAGCCCGGCCUGGUGUUCACACAGGUUGGCCCAGGGGGGAACCUUCCAGUGACCAGUCCCAUCACCCUGACAGUGGCAGGGCUGCCCAGCCAGUCCCAGAGCUCCAGCAGAGUUUCCUGCCAGCCCACCCCGACAAACAGUGAGCUCAAACGGGCUACCACUGUCCAGCCUCCCUCCCUUUCCCCACAGGAGAACUCAGCCCUGAGUGCUGACACAUUCAGUAUGCGGCCUAAGAAGUCCAAAGAGCAGCUGGCAGAGCUGAAAGCCAGCUACCUUAAAAACCACUUUGUCAGUGAUGCAGAGAUCGCCCGUUUGAUGAAGCUCACCAACCUGACAAAGGGAGAAAUCAAGAAAUGGUUCAGUGACACCAGGUACAACCAGCGCAACUCCAAAAACAGCCAUGUCAUCGUUUUCCAUGACGGAGGGGGCAGAGGAAGCGGCAGCUGUAGCAGCACUGCUACCACCACCAUUGUCAUAGACUCAAGCGACGAGACCCCCACAUCGCCCCAUCCUCCCCGCACGCCUCCCGUGAAGGAGAAGGAGACACGGCCUAAAACAUGGAAUCCAUUCCCAGACUUCACUCUGCAGAAGUUUAAGGAGAAGACGCCAGAGCAGCUGGUGGUGCUGGAGCAGAGUUUUGAGAAGAGCAGCACCCCAUCGGAUGAAGAACUUAGCCGCCUGAGGACGGAGACUAAACUGACGCGGAGGGAGAUCGAUGCCUGGUUCACAGAGAGACGCAAAAUGCCAUCUUUCAGCAACUCCUCCCCAGAUUCUUCUGAAGGAGGAAAGAUGGAGACAGACAGAGGAAAAGCAGGAGAAGGUGGGGGGAAAGGAGGAGUCGCCUCUCCUUCUCCUUCUGCUUCCUCUUCUCGCAAAGGCAGUCAAACUCCUCCCGGCGGCCGCAGUAAGCAGCUGCCCACCACCAGCAGCACAAACAGAGACUUGAAAGAUAAGAGUAAAAAGUCUCCCGAGCAGCUUCAUAUUCUGAAAAGUGCCUUCGUGCGGACCCAGUGGCCCACGCCAGAGGACUACGACCAGCUGGCAGAGGAGAGCGGCCUCACUCGGUCCUACAUUGUCAGCUGGUUCGGGGACUCUCGGUACUCUUGGAAAAACGGUAACCUGAAAUGGUUCUUCCAGUACCAAAGCGGUAACGUAGAGGGGCCAAACGGUGGAGGAGGCAAUAAGAUGGCAAGCGGCGGCGGUCGAAAAAGACGGGGUCGCAACCGUGGUUGGGGACGCUCCCGAACCCGGAAGCAGCCAAGAAGGUCUGCCUCCUCCUCCGCAGAUGUAGACAAAUCUCCACCGUCGAAGAAAUUCAAGACUGGGAGGGAAAUCCUGAAGGAGUACUACCUGAAGCACCGUUUUCUAAAUGAGCAGGACCUGGAUGAGCUCGUCACCAAGACCAACAUGAGCUAUGAACAGGUGAGGGAGUGGUUUGCCGAGGUCCAGCGACGCUUAGAGAUGGGGUCAGAUCCCUUCCUGGAGCCGGCUAUAGAAAGGACGGAUGCAGAGGAGGGAGGGGAGGAGGAGAGAGUGGAGACGCAGGGAGAGGCGUCGACGGCCACCGAGGAGCAGACCGGCACUGGGAUGGGAGAUGAGGAAGAUGACGAAGAAGAUGAGGAGAAUGAGGGCGAUGAUACGGACGACAGUGAGGUUUGGGAGCCGUCACGCAGCGUCAGGAAGUCCUUGUCGGUAUCUGAAGACUAGCAGAUGUGGAAAGCACGGCGCGUCGUUACAGAAUGUUACACGAGAAAUACUGUCAUGAUUAA